CUAAAAAGCACGCUUUAACACACGACUCCCACUCCUCUUCCAAGGUAUUGUCGAUACUGGCACGCGAGAAACAAUUAAAACGGUCAAUUAAAAGAAAACAUUGUCUAUGGUCGUUACGCGCGCGAUCUUAAAUUUCGAACGAAAUUUUUUCGGAAUGUGAUGUGUCUUCUUCAGUGAUAAACUUCGUGUCGGAUGAAAUUAGAUUUACUGUUUGGUACUUGAACGAAUUUCAGUUGUAUUAAUUAUUGUUAUGUUCUGAUUUUCGGAUUAACUCUAUUCUAUUUCGGAUUUUUGUCACCGCGGCGACUUCGAAUUUUAUUAUGUUUUCCCGGAUAACGAGUGGGAGCGCACCAACAUGCUAGCAAAUAUUGGGCCCAGGGCCCAUCGACGACAGAAGACAUGGUAACGUGUUACAACGAAGGAACGUCGCUUGGCGGCUUCCACCUCGGCCUCCACGAUGAGCACCGACCGCGCGCGCCCAGCGUGUCCUCCCUAUCACUCUACAAACAGAAGAUCGACGCGCUCUUCGACGACACACGCUCUAUCGCCAGCCUGCCUAAGUAUGGACCAAAGUCGGAUUCGGGAAGAAAAGAUAGUAAGGUUAGCAUAGCACCAGACAGUAAGGCGACGAUUAUGGAGGAUGAACAUGGAUACUGCCAAACUAAAAUCAAGAAGAUCAACAACACUGUACAAGACCGGAUAGAAAGGAUGUUCGCAGAUAUGGCGGGAGAGUCUAGACUCACGACUGACACCAUCGGAGUGCAUGUAUUUAAUGUUCACUACCUUGGGUCGACGCCAUUGCAAAGUAAAGUAUCGAGCCUCUCUGGCCUCCAAGAUCCCUUAAGAGAUUUAUACUUUGCUUACAAAAGAAACUUUCGCCAGAAAAGUAUGUUAACUGGUCGCUUAGAAAUUUCCAAAAGUGGUCUCAAAGUGAGGUACAAGGGAGAAAAGGGGGAUUUAGAACAGUUAAAUCCUUUUCCGACUAUAGCUGUCUGGUCUGCUGUUAAGUUUGUAGUUCAGCCUUUAGAAAAAGAUCAAAAUGAAUUAAGCUAUGCUUUUGUACCGUUAAUCACCGAUCCCGAUAAUAUCGAUCGACAUGCGCUAUUCAAAACUUUAGAUUCAUCAGAAAAAAAAUAUAUCCUCUCCCACAACGAAAAUUCGCAUUCACCUCUUUUCGCUGUAGUGAUGAGGAAAAUAGGUGUCGCAAAGCAACUUGAGUGCCAUGGGUUUGUAUGUCAGACAACCGAGGACGCUAUCGUUAUAGCGGCCACGCUAUACAAAUCGCUUAUGUCACAUAUGAGUCGGCAAGGCCAUAACGAAAGUAAAAAAUUGAAAAAUCGAAAUGGAGUGAGCUGUAUGAGUGUAUCGAGUAGUUUGCCGGCAAACGAUAUUCCAAUAAGACCUCCUCGGAAAAAACGCAGUACCUCUUCACAAAGCGGAGAUAGUGACAGAGCCGAUGGGUUUUCGGCGAGUGAAUCUUUUUGUGAAAAACCUAAAUUAGAAAGAACCAAAAAUUUUUCAGAUAUGCCCCACUUUUCAAGUCCAAACAUGACUAAUUCCGAAUUGAAAAGAAUAACUGUUGAAGAAGUGAGAGCUAAACUGGAUACAAUAAAACAUGAUACAAGUGGCAGUGAAACACAGGGAUCUAAAAAGUCCGUUAUUAAAGAUACCCUCAAUCCCGUCCAAGUUCUGCCAUCACAAAACCCUCAAAGCAGCACCGAAUCUUCCGUUCGAAGUAAAGUAUCUGAAAAAAUAGAAUUAUUCCGAGAGUUAGAAAGGCGGAAAAGUAUUCAAAGACCACCGAUAUUACCUCCUCCUGUGCCUGCUAAACCGACAUCACAGUCUCAAAGUGAGCAAACGAAGGAGCCAUUAAGAAGAAGUCAAAGUGGAAGAAAAUCCCUUAGUGAAUCCGGUGAUAUAUUGACUAAAGUCGCUAUCCCUCGUUCUGGUAGCUUUUUGAAUGCUGGAGGUCUUACCCGUUACAAAUCUAUUGGACAACGAAAUAAUGGAAAGAAAGGCGGCGGCUCGCCACUGGGGUUUAACGAACUAUUUAAUGAAUUCAAAGUCCAAGAAAACUUGCAUUCGAUGGAUGAAAUAUUAAAUGUUAUUAUAGAUCCAGAAGGCAUGUCUUUUAAUGAUUUGAAACCAAUUUACAAAGAAUUUUUAUUAAAACUGGCAGUUACGCUCACUAAAGAUGAAAUAUUUCAACAUAGUAAGGCGAUCAUGAAAAAGCAAAAGAAAAAGAUUUUACGACGAAACAGUUCAUUUCAGAAUAAAAGAAGAAAAAUAUUUAAAGGAGCAAGUGGACUCCGGAUGGUGUUCAGAUUACCAUUUGGAAAAGAAUUGAGAAAAAAAGAGAAAAAGAAGCAGCCGUCUCUUUUCGAGAUACAAAACGUGCAAACCAACGUUAUUGUAAAAGACCCCACUUGUGAAAGUUCAGUCUCGACAUCCAGUUACGACUUAAGGCAGUUCAGACCGAAAGAACCCGAAGUUCCUGCGCCGAAACGGCAAAUUAGGCAAAGAAAUUCUAAACGUUCUGAAAAAUCUGUUCAUGUCUCAAAAAGAAGCGGCAAAGCAUCGAGACCCGGAGAAAGAACGUCUACUUCUGAAGAUUCCGAUUUUUUAACUUUAAGCAAUCGGCUGGGAUGUCAGAACAGAAAUAGUUCGAGUGGGUACGUCUCCUGUUCGGAAUGUGAAUCGGAAAGCUGUGUUGAUAGAUGUUACUGCUCCUUGAAAGCGGAUUGCAAGCCGAAAUGUUGUUGUGCUGCGGAAAUCGGCAAAGACCCUGGAAAGACAAAAUUAUUAGGGAAAAGCUGUAAAGAAUGCUCAAAAGAAGUUUACGAUGGCGACUACAGUUAUUGCUCGUGCGAUUCGGAGAGUUGUGCUGACAGCAAUAAGUGCUACUGCACGGGGCCCCGGAGACCCAUACAGAGCUCGCAAAGCCUGGAAUACCUGAAAACUCCCUCGACUAAAACGUACUCCGAUAGACUUAAGCGGACUUAUGAAGAUUAUGAGGGGAAGACCAGGACCAGGUCGGGAGCAUCAAGCCGCCGGCGGGAGGAGCGGCGCCGCGCGAGGAGCUCCGACAGCCUCGCGCUCGACUACGAGCUGCUGCUGCAGAACAAGCCGCGGGACACACGAGCGCGUAACCUACAGCGUCUCACAGUUCGGAGCACCGGCGCUGUUUCACAAGACGCUCUGAGCGUGAAGAAGUCAGCAGAGAUGGCGGCCCUUUUUGCUGACGUGCGCCUGUCUCAGCGCACCGACGUGCGCUCGCUGGCCGGCGGGCGCAGGGCUAGGCCUCCACCCUUGGCGCCGCCGGGUGUUCCAUCCAUAUCAAAAAUAUUCGACCACCGCCCGCUUAGCAGGAAUGCUAGUUUAGAAGAUACGCUGGGAUACUUUCCUUAAUGACAUUAAGAAUUUUGUCAAGCUUUAAACCUCGUUAGUAUGAUGUAAGAUGUCUAAAAAUAAAUACCGCUGCUAUUACAUAUUUAGAUACGAUUAAAUAUGAGGUUAACUUAAACAUUACAGAUGGUGCAGUCGUAAAGAUAAUUUGUGAUUAAAAAGUGUGAAAAGUAAAGCCCGUAUGGCAUAAAGCGGCUUUUGAUGAUCGAAAUAUUUAAUAAUAGCGGUUUUUAUUUUAAGACUAUAACAAAGCAUAAUACUGUGCCGCGUGCUUUUCAAUAGACAGACUUGCGGCACGGGUAUUGAAAAAUUUCAGCGUACUCCACUGUACUCCCGCCUCUCAGAGCCUAUGCACUCGACCGCGUUUUAAAUUUUCAAUAAAAAUAAACGAGCUGAAUUGAGAGCCACCUCUUUUUUUGGAAGUCGGUAAAAAAGGACGUGUACUUAUUUUUUUAUUUCGGAUUUGAGUAGCAACAGUGUACACGAUCGAACACACAACUACAAAAAUUUGACGAUACAAAAAUAAAUAAAAAUGUAUUCUUUUAUAUUAGGAAAUAGUUGGGAUGAUUUUUUUAAAUAAUUAUCACAAUUGUCUAUAAUAUAAGUAGAUAUAUUACGUUUUUAUUUAUUUUUGUCUAUCCAAAUCAAAACUGAGUUUAGUCAGACUUUAAUUUAUUACUAGUUUAGUAAUUUCUAAUUUAUCUAUGAAAUUACUCAGUUUGAUAAAUACUCAAGUAUCUCAUCAAGUAUACCACCUUAUUUGUUAAACAAUAAGGAUAUGAUUAGGUAUAUAACACUCAAAAUUACUUAAUAUUAAACCAUGUAUGUAGUUAUUUAUUUCAUAGAAAUAACCUUUAUGCAUAGGUUAGGCUUUAUUGAGUCUUUAACUUAAGUUUAUUCUUUUAAGAUUUAUUUGGUUUUAUAUUUUCGAUAUUAACACGAAACGAUUAGCAUUGUAACUGUAGGGCUUUAAAUAUUGAUAUGACGAGAUAUUAGAUAUACCUACCCAUAAGUAGCUUAUGAAUGCAAUAAUAACUAUUAACGCAAUAUUAAUUUAAUAAGCUCAGUCAUUAUGAUUUUGCUCAUGCGGUUACGUAAUAAUAAUUAAGUAAUUUUUCAGUCGAUAACUUGAUUUAAUUUGUUUUCGAAAUUAUAAUUCUCUUUUUUAAAUUAAAAAUUUAUUUUAGCUCACCUAAAAUAUAGUUAAAUUGAUUCCUUUGAACACAUUUGUGCAAUGUUCGUGCAAUAUUCUUUAGGCAAAACUAGUGCAAUAUAAAUUGUAAA